AAUCUCCGCCUCCUUUCCGGCGUUUCUUAAAUAUUGUUGCCCAACUCAUAAAGAGAUAAUAAUACCCAACCCCCUUUAGGGAGGAUAUAUAUAUUCAAACUCGGGUUGUCUGUUCUGUACUAUUCAAGAGAGCAGUACAAUCUCCGCCUUCUUUCCGGCGUUCCUUAAAUGUUAUUGCCUAACUCAUAAAGAGAUAAUAAUACCCAACCCCCUUUAUGGAGGAUAUAUAUAUUCAAACAUGCACAACUCACUUGCUAAAAGGAAAUCAGGUGCUUUCACUGCUUAUUGCUCCGCCGCCGACGCAGCAAAAGAUCCCAUCAAGGAUAAGGAUACCCCUAUUGAAUUGAGAUAUGAAGCAUUUCCUACUGUGAUGGAUAUCCAUGAAAUUCGUGAAACUUUGCCUCACCGGUUUCCAUUUCUGUUGGUGGAUAGAGUGGUUGAAUAUACUCGUGGAGGAUUUUCAGCUGUAGGAAUCAAGAACAUUACGAUUAAUGAGAAUUUCUUUAAUGGGCAUUUCCCUGGCAAGCCAAUUGUUCCUGGUGUUCUAGUGAUUGAGGCGAUGGCACAGCUCGGUGGCUUGAUUCUGCUGCAACCAGAACUGGCAGGUCCUUGUGAGAGUUUCUUUUUGGUUGGAACUGACAAAGUGCGGUUCAGGAAACCAGUCGUUGCUGGUGACACAUUGGUGAUGAGAAUGACUAUUGUCAAGAUGCAGAAACGCUUAGGAAUAGCAAAACUUGAAGGCAAGGCAUAUGUUGGAGGUGAACUUGUAUGCGAGGCUGACUAUUUGUUAUAUCUUGAUAAGGCUGCAGGUUACUAAUAUCAAAAUUGUUGAUGGUUUAUUGCUGAACUAACUAAUGUCCCUGGACCUAUAAUUUCUCCUUAUUUUUCUCUCUUCCGUGUAUGCCGUGUGGUAGUCAGUUGAUUUGGCUUUAGUACUCUUAUCUAUAUCUGAAGUGAAUGAAACCAUAAUAUAAGCUUCCUGCUUCUUUUUUUACUA